CGUCAGUCUGAGACCGUCGGACUUACCAAACAGUCGACGCUCCAAUACGUUCCGCGCUACAACGAUUCAACGAUUGAACCAUUCGGGAUCCAUUCCUCGAAUCCCAGCGCCCAUAUAUAUACACACCCACCAAUAUAGUCCCUAUAAAGCGGACCGCGCGAUCCCCAGCGAAAGUCAGACGCGUGCCACCAACCGCGAGUGCAACAUCAAGAUCCUACAGGAUAAACAGCAGAGCAUAGUUAGCAGCCAUCUAGCCAAAGUCCAAGAUGAGCCACCACUGGGGAUACACCGAAGAGAACGGACCUGCCCACUGGGCCAAGGAGUACCCACAGGCGUCGGGACAUCGUCAGUCGCCCGUGGACAUCACACCCUCCAGCGCCAAGAAGGGCAGCGAACUGAAGGUAGCUCCGCUCAAGUGGAAGUAUGUGCCGGAGCACACCAAGAGCCUGGUCAAUCCUGGCUACUGCUGGCGCGUGGAUGUGAACGGCACCGAGUCCGAGCUAACUGGAGGGCCGCUGGGCGAUCAGAUCUUCAAGCUGGAGCAGUUCCACUGCCACUGGGGCUGCACGGACUCCAAGGGAUCCGAGCACACCGUCGACGGCGUGUCCUAUUCCGGCGAGCUGCAUUUGGUCCACUGGAACACCACGAAGUACAAGUCGUUUGGCGAGGCGGCUGCCGCUCCUGACGGCCUGGCCGUGCUGGGUGUGUUCCUCCAGGCUGGCAAUCACCAUGCGGAGCUGGACAAGGUGACCAGCCUGCUGCAGUUCGUGCUGCACAAGGGCGAUCGCGUCACCCUGCCCCAGGGCUGUGAUCCCGGCCAGCUGCUGCCCGAUGUGCACACCUAUUGGACCUAUGAGGGUUCCUUGACCACUCCACCGUGCUCGGAGUCGGUCAUCUGGAUCGUUUUCAAGACGCCCAUCGAGGUGUCGGACGACCAGCUGAACGCCAUGCGCAAUCUCAACGCCUACGACGUGAAGGAGGAGUGCCCCUGCAACGAGUUCAACGGCAAGGUCAUCAACAACUUCCGUCCUCCGCUGCCGCUGGGCAAGCGUGAGCUGCGCGAGAUCGGGGGCCACUAAGUCGGUGGAUGUUGGACCACUAAGUCCUUGGAUAGUCAACGGAUUCGAGUGUCGUAUGAUUAGCUUUUCGCACCCACACAUCACAUCCGUACGCCUCGAGCUGGACCGGCACAUCUCCACUGUUCAACUCUCGUCUUUAGUUCGUACGCCCAGCAAAAGCAUACCUCCUAUAUGUGCAUCCGUAUCCGUAUUCGCAUCAGUGGAUGUUUAGCUGUAACCUUAAUUGUAUAUGUACGCCUGUUCGUUUGUUUGUCUGUUAAACGUUUGCAAAAUGACAA